CUCCCUCCCAUUCACCUCUGCGACACAUUCUUGAGCCAGAGCGAGUUUUAGAGUUUUCCUUUAACCACAAACUUCAUCUCUCCGGGUUCCUCUGUUCUACAGAUUCUCUCUGUGACUCUCUCUAAUGGCGGACCAGAAAGAUCAAGAGCCAAAUCUUCCCGCCGAUUCUCUCUCUCAAAUGGCGGACGAGAUAGAUCAAGAGCCAAAUCCUCCCGCUGAAAAGCCAGAGUUUCUCCCACUAAAGAAGAGAGCAACGGCUGGAAAAACACUCGUUGGGUAUAGCACACCCGAGUCUGACUCCAGCAGCGAUAGCAGUGACGAAGAAAGUGACGAAGGAGAUGUGGUGUGUUUACCGGAGAAAGAUGUCAAUAAAGAGACACUCCACGAAGUCCAGAAAAAAGCUUUCUACUCUCUUCUCCAAGCUUUCGCUUUAGAAACCUCGACAAUGUCAAACAAGAGGACUCAGAUCAUAGAAAAACUGAUGAACGAGUGGGGGAUCGCUAACGAAACUCAAAUCUCUUUUGUGGAUCAGAUUCAGAAGAAUCUUCUGACCCUACAACAAAUGAAGGAUUCUAAUAAGAAGGAAAGGCAGAUACUACCAGAGACGCCAUUGGCCCCACCUGCAACGCAGAGUUCGACAUUUGUUCCUAAACCUGGCAAAAGCUGGGGCAGUGUUAAUCCAGAGUCUCUUAUUGGAAAAUGGGUCUGUAUGAAGCUGCCUGAUGAAGCUGAGUUCACUGAAUACAUCAUCAAAGCAUAUGAUGCGGAAAAGGAAAUGCAUAGCAUAGUGACCGCAGAGUCGAAUGCAAUGGAGGUUGAUGGCAUUGAUCCGUUUAGCUGGAUAGAUAUCAGAGAAAUUGCGCAUAACAAUAUCAUGUGGGAAGGUGGACAAAAGCCAAACUUUGAUGCUCCUAACCAAUCUGCAGCUACAGCUCAACGACCCCUUUUCUGAAAACAAGGCUCUUUUACAAUCACAUUGACAAGGUAACUUUGCCAAUGCCAACACACACAUUCUCAGUGAAACUCUUAAUGGUUUUGGUAGAAAUUUUACCAGGGAAACUCUUGUCUUCAAUGCAGGACAAUGCUGAGACUGACCAAGACCCUCUUUUGCAUUUUGUUUUGAGAUCUUUAGUUACUUGUACGAUCACAUUACACAAGACUUUUUUUGGGUGUUGUUAGCUGGAAUUAGAGAAGAAAUGGGUCAGUGUUGA